UCAGUACAUUCCCUGGCACCCCUAUCUGUUAAAUAUGUAAAACAAAAAGCUGUCAAAAAGUUUGAGAUACUCUCAUAUUUCUCUGUAUUAAUGAGAGUCAGAUGCCCAGGUAUGCAUGACAUUUUCUCAGGGUCACUGAAUCUUGAAAGCAAGGAUCAAAGCUUCUGCACAAAGUCAAAAGGUUUCAUUCCAAGGAAUGCUCCUGUAGAUUUCACCAGCUCUCAGAAGCAAGCUCUACAUAACUGAAUCUAAGAAUACAAACAUGGUCCUCCUCCUCGGAUGUACCUUCUUAUGCCUCACUGCAUCUGUUUGGUGUGGUGAUACACAGCAAGUACCAUAUGGAUUAUCAGACUUCACAGGAUCUCCACCCACUUUUGACUGUCCUAAAGAGUGUUUCUGUCCUCCUAGCUUCCCAACUGCCUUAUACUGUGAUAACAAAAAUUUAGAUGAAAUUCCGUUAAUACCUUCAAGAAUCAGGUAUCUUUACAUCAAUAAUAAUCAAAUCGAGACAGUUUCUGAAAAGGCAUUUUCUGAAGCCAGUGAACUGAAAUGGAUUAACCUAAGCAGAAAUAAAAUCACAAAUAAAGGGAUUGGAAAGAAUAUAUUUAAAAACUUGAAGCAUCUACUUUAUUUGUACAUGGAAGAAAAUCAACUUGAAGAAGUGCCUGGGCCACUUCCUGAAAGUUUGGAGCAAUUGCGUUUGGCUAAGAACAAGAUUUCCAAGAUACCAGAAGGAAUCUUUGAUACGUUAGAGAAUCUCACUUUACUUGACCUCCACAACAACAAAUUGGAUGAUAAUUCAAUUUCUGCUAACACAUUAAAGGGGUUGAAGAAUCUUCUGCAGCUCAACAUGGCCAUAAAUACUUUGAAAAAGAUGCCACCUGGCCUUCCAACAAACACUGUACAACUGUUUUUGGACAAUAAUUCCAUUGAUGCAAUCCCAGAAGACUAUUUCCACUCAGUACCCAGAAUAUCUUUCAUCAGACUUAAUGGCAACAAGCUCUCUGACAAAGGUGUGCCUCAAAAUAUAUUUAACAUUUCAUCAAUUCUUGACCUGCAGCUGUCUCACAACCAUUUCACUGAGGUUCCACAGAUCCACCUAAACCUGGAACACCUUCAUCUUCACAAUAAUCAGAUAUUAAAUGUCAAUGGUACCAUGAUUUGUCCAUUGCCAAUUGAGUUAGUUCACGACAAUGACUUUGAAAGUGGGCCGCGCCUCCGUUACCUUCGACUCGAUGGAAAUGAAAUCAAACCUCCAAUUCCAAUGGACCUCAUUAUGUGCUUUAGGCACCUCCGUGCUGUGAUAAUCUAAAAAAUCCACUAUUUCCUGUAUCCACUUUUUAUUUUUCUUAUUUUUAAAUCACAUUUUUUUUCCAAAUUAUGAAAUUUGUAUAGUGAUCUCAAAAAUGUGUGUUUUGUCAUUUAGAUUAAAAGUGAAAGCAUUUGUCUUAAUACAAUAUAAAUGUAGCAUACCUAGUAUCCGAAUUAUUACAAAGCUGUACAGACUGAAGGAACAUUACACUCGCCUUGAAAGUGUUUAUUAAUCAAAGAAGGAUGUCGAAGAGCAUGACUGCUCAGUAUAAGGCUUUACAGUAAGGCUUUGCAGUACGCACAUUUUCGUACUCUGUGCAAAUGUUUGUCAAAAUGUAAGAUCCUGUUGUAUAUCUGGUAACAACUCACCAUACACACAGAAGGAAGGGAAAGAGAAAACUUGCAUAAUUUUAAUUACUUUAUGUUUAUUUGGGCAGAAACAGUGAAGAAAAAGAAUUUAAUUCUCAUUUGGAUUCAGGUAAAAUGUUUUCAUUUGGAAGAAGAUACAAUGUUUGCAUAUUUCUGUAAUUAUAUAUUUUGCAAGCAAUUAUAAACAACAGUUCGCACCAAACAUUUUGAAACCAUAUAAGUUUACCAUAUUUCUACUCCAGGAAACUUAUAAUGAUAUGCAUGUAUAUUUAUAAAAUGUAACAUUACUGCUUAAUAUUGGACUAUAUUUUAAGACUAUUAGUGUGCUACACUGAAUUGAUAGAGGAUGUAUGACUUUAUGGCAAAUCUUUUUCUAUAAAGGUAUAUAUAUUCAGUUUUUAUAUGCAUAGCUGACAUGACUAGGUAAUGAUGAACAUAAUGAACAUGAUGCUGGCAUGUGUUACCUCAGCUUACAUAUUCUGCAGUUUUGCUUUGUUUUAUUUUUUAUUUUUUUGUUUUUUGCUUUGUGUAAAUUUACAUUUUUUUUUAAAUAUUGUUGCAGUGAGGUACUUCAGUCAUGAUAUUUAGCUGUUUAGUUCUUUAGAUUAAUGCUGAAACUAGACAUUCAACAAGACAUU